CAACAGGACGCAUGCAAUAAGCAGAAGAUCGAGGCUUGUGCAUCAACCAUGGAAUGUAUCGCGUCCACCAAACAGGACCGCCACCGCCGAAAGAUGGCCUUGCAGCUCAACGUUCAUCGGAUUCGACAAGGCAUGCGAACAGCAGAGCAGCUCCGUUUCAGCCGCCGACAGGGUAGCUAUGCAUCGCAAAGACAUAGUAGCCCGGUGGAGGGUCAACCAUCGCGGCCUGCUACCCCUGAAGAAGCUAAUCAUGAAUCAUCCAACGGGCUCAGUGACAUUUUCAAUACCGCUCGCAUUGAAUCGGAUCUGGAAGAUGGCGAUGAUGGUGGUAGCGUACUCAGUCCCAGCGUUACUAAUAAAGCAUCCGGGGAACACGAGCGAUCCAUAUGUUGUAAAUGCGAUCAAGCGAGCCGUGAACAUGAUAGGCGCAUUAGACGUCGGCUCAUCGAAGUCCAAACCGUGAUCCUGGAGGACCGAAUGGUCAGUCAGGUGGUCAGUUCCAGAAUGACAUGGUACUAUUUGUACGCUACCAUGUUGUUGGAAUUUUGGAACCUGGAACAACAUGUGGAAGGCACCGGGCAAGGAGCUUCCGGAUUCGUUGGACGGGCGUUGAAAAGUAUGUUCAAUGCGAGAAGACGUGCCAUGCAGAUGGGGUCCAAACUCAAAAAGAAGAGUAAGAGUAAAAUGCAGGAUUCGAGUGAUUCGACGGGUGAAAAGAAAGACUAAUAUCAAACACGUGAGUUGAAAUUCCAGAUUGCGAAGCUAAUUUACUUAAACUUACUAAAGUGUCAACAAAUAAAACUCACUUGAGACAUUUCGA